CACGUGACAGAGGGGGAGUGGCGGCGCAAGAUGGCGGCGCUGCGGACGGGCGGGCGGCUGGCGCAGCUGUCCCGCGGCUACCACCGCAAGGUGGUGGAUCACUACGAGAACCCGCGCAACGUGGGCUCGCUCGACAAGCGCAACAAGAACGUGGGCACGGGGCUGGUGGGCGCGCCCGCCUGCGGUGACGUCAUGAAGCUGCAGGUGGAAGUGGACGCCAGCGGGAAGAUCGUCGACGCAAGGUUCAAAACCUUUGGCUGCGGAUCGGCCAUCGCCUCGAGCUCCCUGGCCACCGAGUGGGUGAAAGGGAAGACGGUGGAUGAAGCCUUGGAGAUAAGAAAUACAGAUAUUGCUAAGGAGCUCUGCCUUCCUCCAGUUAAACUGCACUGCUCUAUGUUGGCUGAAGAUGCCAUCAAGGCAGCCCUGGCUGAUUACAAGCUAAAACAAGAUCCUAACAAGGAAGAGCCUGAGAAGAAAGCAGCCAGUACCUAGAACUGUGAUGAAAGCUUAUUCUCAUUAAUAUCGCAGUGCAAUUAGUUUAGGUGUUUAGAGAAGGGAGCCAGUGCACUACCAAUCUGAAGCCGUCAGGUACACCCAAUAUACGCACAAUGUUUCACUGUUCGCCUGUAUUAAACCACCUUUGUAGUGCACAAAUCAUUGGUAUCCUUGACCUUAUUUCUCCACUGAUUACUGUCCUAUCUGUUUCUCCUGGAAGUGUCUGGGUGAGGAGGGGAAGCACUUACUCGAGGCAUAAGUCAUUCCUAGCAGUGAAAAUCCAAGUGUUUGGAAGGGCUGCAUUUCAUUCAGUAAAUGUAUAGUUUUUUCUGAGAGUUUUAUAGAAGAGGAUUAUUUGAAAGCGUGUUGCCUUGUCUUAAUGUUUAUGCAAAAAAAAUGCAGAUCAGUUUUAUUUUGUGUACAACAUAUGCAAUAUAUUAAACAGCCUGCGGCAGUUCAUCUGCCUGGUACAA